AUGAGUCAAGUGUUUAUCUAUUUCAUAGUAUUUCUCAGCAUUUUGUUUCCAUAUGCCAGUGGAGCUAGUGUGGUUAUUAUAAAUGGUGGCGAUGAAACAAUUUGGCCGGCUGUUCAUACAGAAAAAGGUGAUAAAGUGAAUCCCACCGGAAUCAAAUUGGGGGCUGAGGAACAAUAUGAACUCAAAGUUCCUGAUUCAUGGUCAGGUACAAUAUGGGCUAGAACUAGUUGCAAUGGAGACCCCAAUAGCGACUUUCAUUGUGAUGUUGGAGACUGUGGUACUAAAAAGAUGGAGUGUUUGGAAAGCAAACCAAAGCCUCCUGUGACUAAAGUGAAAUUGAAUUUGGUUCCAAAAGGUGAAUUAAGUUCUUAUGAAGUUGACCUAAAAGAUGGCUUCAGUGUGUCUGUUACAUUAACCCCAUUUGAAACCAAUUGCGGGAAAAUCAUGUGCAGUCAAAAUUUGGAUAAUGAUUGCCCUAAUUGGUUGGCUGUGUAUAGUCAUGAUGCGAGAAAGAUUGCUUGCAAGAGUCCAUGUCAUUUCACUAAGGAGGCAAAGUAUUGUUGCACUGGUGAAUUUGCUUCACCUGAAAAAUGUGAGAAGAAUGAAUACACAGAGCUUUUAAAUAACAAAUGUGCAGAUGUUGUUUCUGAUGCUUUUGAUGACUCUAAGUUUACAUGUUCUGAAGGGACUAGCUUUUACGUAUUAUUUAACUAA